AUGAAUCCAGUUUAUCUGAUUAAUCCUCCACUACCCUCUCCAUUUCCUCUUGCAGAACCCAAUGAAGAAGCUUCUUCUUCUUCUUCUUCUUCUCAAGGAGGAAGUACUUAUGAUAGAGAACUACAACCAGGAGAUCAGAAUCAUCAACAACAAGAGGGCAUCAAGUGUGUUUUACAAGUUGGAUCAAGUGAUCAUCAUGAGUUACUGGAAUCUCCUUCUCUUCCCACAGUGGAGAAUGGCCUUCACAAUGGUGGAUCAGUUAAGUGGAUGUCUUCAAAGAUGAGAUUGAUGAGGAAGAUGUCGAAUUCGGAUCGAAUUGGUGCAGAUAAACAAGUGGAAAGUAUACAAAAGUUUCAAGAUAAUCAACAGCCACCAACCUCACCUUUAGACACAGACAACAGCAGCAACAGUUCCUCUAACAACAACAACAGCACAGUUAGGGUUUGCAGUGACUGUUACACUACUAAGACACCUCUCUGGAGGAGUGGCCCAAGUGGCCCUAAGUCACUUUGCAACGCCUGUGGAAUUCGACAAAGGAAAGCAAGACGAGCCAUGGCGGCGGCGGCGGCAGCAAGCGGCGGAUUUAUUGGGAAUGAGACAUCAUCUAUAAGGACAAAGGUGCACAAGGAGAAGAGAUCAUCAGAAAAUGGGUACGUCCAGCAAUACAAGAAACGGUGCAAACUCACCGGCCCUCGUAGCAGAAAGAAGAUUUGUUUUGAAGAUUUCACUAUCAAUUUGAGUAAGAAUUCGGCUUUCCACCGAGUGUUCCCACAAGACGAGAAGGAAGCCGCGAUCUUGCUAAUGGCCCUAUCUUGUGGUCUUGUUCAUGGUUGAAUACUUGAAUCCCUUCAUCCACCCCCCUCUCCCCUCCUAUUUGUUUGGUUUUAUGACCUUGUCUUGCUUUAGCUUAUUAGAUAUGAUAGAACAAAUGUGUGUGUGGUCUUGGUAGAGAGAAAUCGGAGUUAGAAGGAACAUUAAGAUCAGUUGAGGUACCAAAUUAAACCAAUAAAAGUAUGAUUUUUUUUCCUCUUCUUUUUUGGUCAGUGAUCACUUGAGUUUAUGGCAGAUUUGAGCAGUGUUGGUGAUCAAAUUAUUGUGUCCUGUUAAUCAUGAAUAGUUAAUUUGAAUGGAGAAGGUAAUAAUAUAUCUAGGGUUUCUCAG